AUGCCAAUACAAAGGAAACUGCAAUUUAGAGCUACAACUGAGGGAGUGCAGGUUGUCAGCAGGCGAGGGCAACAUCAUCAUGCUCCAGAACCUGGAAAAUUACAAGCCCGCAAGGUGAUCGCAAACAUCGUGAAUGAUGCCAAGAGCACGCAGCAGAAGACAGGACAGAUUCUACAGGCGAAUUUGAUGGGACUGAAUACCGAGGCCCAAGAAGCCCUUCCAGAUGCAAAUUUACUCGCACGACAGGUGCGACAUCAUCGGGAGGAGAACGUGCCCAACAAGAGCUCAGAUUGUGAUUCCGACUGCGUACGAAAACCAUCUCUGCAGCGCCACAACGCUUCUUAUUGUGGGACAGCCAAGAUGCCGACCGGAUACUCAUGUUUUCAACGACUGAGAACUUGCGGCUCUUAUCUGCAUGCCAAGAUUGAUGAGCGACUGUACACCAGGAUGCUGGAGCACCUUCAUUUUCAGCAUGGAAUUGCUGCACCCCAGAGUGUUACAACUGAUUUUGAGAAGGCUGCUCAGAAUGCCCUGGAGCGCGUGUUUCCAGAUAAUUAUAUCGGAAGGGUGAUGAGAGGGAACCGUCGGAUACCACCUCUGUUCGAACCAGGUCUCUGGAACAACUACAAUCGUGUCCUGCAGGACCUUCCACGUACAACAAAUGCCGUGGAAGGCUUCCAUUCCAGUUUCCUAAAAGACUGUGACGGACUACACCUGAAUUUCUUCACCUACCGAGACAGACAAUUCCGAAGAGACACAGCCUGUGGUAGCGGAUGA